AUGCACCUGCAGGCAGGCGGCGCCGUGCACCUCCACCGCCUCCAGUAUUUCAUGCCCCAGCUCCAACCGCAGGAAUCAGCCACCGACCUAGAGGCGCAGGAGUCGUCGGCCGUGUCCGUGUGCAGGCGCCGCAGCUUGUCCACUUCGCCGCCGGCGGCUAACACCAUGUGGGAGUAUCACCAGGCGGCACAUGCGGCGGCCUUGCAGACGACCUCGUCGCCGGCAUCUCCUUUCCCUUCCUGGAGCCCCUACGACGGGACUACGGCGGCGCUCCUCGGCGCCAGCUCGGCCUUCGCCACCGACGCCGGCUCAUCGUCGCCCGGCAUGCGCCUUCCGGCAGCGGGGGAGCACGCCGUCCAAGGCCAUGCAUGGAGCCAGCACGGCGAACAAAGCAACAUCACAUGCUACAAGGAGAACUUCCUCGAUCUGCUCGCGUCGAAGAACGUGACGCAGGAGAUGUUCGAGGACGUCCCCGCCGGUCACUACGCCGCGCAGGCGCUGUCAGCAAGAUUCGGGGCAGGCUCUGAUGUUGCACCGAUCAAGUACGAGGUCACCGCCGGCUCGCCGCUGUUCUUCGGGAGUGCUACUGGUAUGCACCAGCAGGGGAUGGACAUGGUGGGUUGCACGCCGCGGUACUCCUACGCCGCCGCCAACCACCAUCAGAUGAAGGAAGGCGGCAGCCAGCAGCAAGAACUUGAUGCAGCCCCGGCCAUGGCUUCCUUUCUUCAGCAACUGAGUUCAAAUGCUAGCGUUGGCAUGCAUGCUAGCUUGGACUAUUCAGGCACAGGAGGACUCGACAAGAUUUGCCAGGGGAGUCGAGCAUUGGAAACUAGCCCUUUUGGCAUGAGGAGCUUGCCGGAUCUCAGUUCUUUCGGUGGCUACAGCAGAUCAGCCGCGGAAUCGACAUCGUCAGCGCAACUAUACCUGAGAUCCAGCAAUCUCGCUGAAAGCAGUAAACAAGAGCCGGAUAUUGUGUCGGAAAGGGGCAGCAGCAGUGGCAGUGGAGCGGCGAGUGAUCGAAAGAAGCGGGCGUCAGAAGAAAGGGCGAGCACCGUGAAGAAGUCUAAGCAAGAGGGCUCUAAACCAUCUCCUCCCAAGCAACAAGUGCCUAAAGUGAAGAUAGGAGAGAAGAUCACAGCAUUGCAACAGAUCGUUUCACCAUUUGGGAAGACUGAUACAGCAUCAGUGCUGUUUGAAACGAUCAAGUACAUCAAGUUUCUGCAUGAACAAGUACAGUUACUCAGCGAGCCGUACACGAAUUCGAGCAGGAGCAAGGGUAACCAGCUUCCAUGGGGAGAUCAUGCUGCUGCAGAGACGAGCAAGGGCGGAGAUGAGGCAGAGCACGACCUGAGGGACAGAGGGCUCUGCUUGGUCCCUGUCUCGUGGACCCCUGAAGUCUACCGGGACGGGACUGCCAUGGACUACUGGACGCCGGCGUACAAGGGCUGCCUGUACCGAUGA